AUGGCUUUCUGCUACGAUUCAUCAUCUACUUCUCAUUUUCUUUCAUCAAUCUUCUUCUUCUUUUUAAUCAUCACAACAUUACUGCAUCUUCCUACCCCAACAAAUUCAAUCUCCUUCAAAUUCUCAAAUUUCUCACAGGGUGACUCUAAAAUACAUUUAGAAAAUGAUUUAGUUAUAGCACAUAAUGCCAUAGCUCUUAAUGGCACUGUAGGCCGUGCCACUUACUCGGAACCCAUCCAACUUUGGGAUGCAAGCACCGGGAGGCUCACAGAUUUUGAAACACACUUCUCCUUCAUCAUAAAGUGCCAAGACGAUUCUUCUCCUUCCUAUUGUAACGGUAUCACUUUCUUCCUUGCACCUUUUGAGUCGAAAAUUCCUCCAAAUUCUGGCGAUGGAUAUCUUGGCCUAAUGAGUAAGGGCGUUGGUCAAAAAAACUUGACGAAAGAUAAAAUAGUUGCAGUGGAGUUUGAUACUUUUCAGAACUCAUGGGAUCCAAGUUAUGACCACGUGGGUAUCAAUGUUAACUCAAUAGUAUCUGUGACUAAUGUAUCUCUAGAAAGUGGGAGUAUGAGAAAUGGAACAACGGCUGAUGCACGGGUUACUUAUGACUCAACUACCAGCAACUUGAGCGUUUUUCUGACUUACAAUAGUAUUGUUUUAAGCCAUUCUAUUUUGCAUCAUGUUGUUGAUCUAAGCAAGAUUCUACCAGAGCAGAUAAGUGUUGGAUUUUCAGGUUCCAUGCGUGAUUUCGAGUAUAACAUGUUCAACAUCCUCUCCUGGCGAUUCACUACAUCCUUAAAAAAAAAGAAAAAAUUGGUGGCGGCACUGAAAGGUCUUAUUGCUGCUAUGAGUGUUUUUGGUUGUGGGCUUGGUUUUGCUUUAUAUUUCUGGUGGAAGAAGAGGGGCAACUCAGGGAAGAAUGAUCAUCCUGAUGUGUUGAUGAACAAUGAUUUUGAGAGAAGAACAGGACCUAAGAGAUUCUCGUAUAAAGAAUUGGUUCUUGCUACAGGUAACUUCGAUGAGGGAGGAAAACUUGGAGAGGGGGGAUUCGGAGGUGUUUAUAAAGGGAUUUUGAGUGAAAAGGAAGUUGCCAUUAAAAAGAUUUCUGGAGGUUCACAACAAGGAAAGAAAGAGUAUGAAUCGGAAGUAAAGAUUAUAAGCCAGUUACGACAUAGAAACUUGGUUAAACUCAUAGGUUGGUACCACAAAAAAAGAGAGCUAAUUCUUGUUUACGAAUUGAUGCCGAACAGGAGCCUCGAUAAACAUUUAUAUCGAGCGGAAAAUGUGCUCCCUUGGGAUGUAAGAUACAAAAUAGCCAUUGGGUUAGCUUCUGCAUUACUAUAUCUACAUGAAGAAUGGGAACAAUGUGUAGUUCACAGGGAUAUUAAACCAAGCAAUGUAAUGUUGGAUUCUAAUAAUGCGAAACUCGGGGAUUUCGGUCUAGCAAGGCUUAUUGAUCAUGGACUGAGUUCUCGUACUACGGUCUUAGCCGGAACAAUGGGUUACUUAGCACCAGAAUGUCUUGUAAAGUGUAAGACAAGUAAAAGAUCCGAUAUUUAUAGUUUCGGAAUUGUUGCGCUUGAGAUUGCUUGUGGGAGAAAGCCAGUCGAUGUAACUGUGGGAGUCUCACUAGUAGAGUGGGUUCGGGAACUGUACGAAAGGGGUAAGAUCAUCAAAGCGGCUGAUGAGAGAUUACAAAUGAAAUUUGACAAACAACAAAUGGAACGUUUGAUGGUUAUAGGGCUAUGGUGUGCUCAUUCCGAUCCUAAAGCUAGACCUUCUAUCAGGAAAGUGACUAACUUUCUCAGUUUAGAAUCGGCAUUGCCGGAUUUUCCCUCAAACUUGCCUGCUCCGGUUUAUCAUAUACCGUCGAUGAGUAUGUGUAUGCUUGCUUCCACGUCAUAUUUGGGUGAUUCUACUAAUUCUCCGAUGGAUGGUAGCCAGUACUGUACUUGCGUUGAUUGUACUCGCACCAAUUUGCCUCCACCGGCGACGCCUUCCGGUGGCUCUUCCUCAAUAGAAGCUCUCUUAUAAUAUUGUGUUCGACGUUUGCAAUCAGCAUGAACAGACCACAAUUCAACAAGGAUUAAGAUUAAGUGUUGACUUUCAAACAAAUUGAAGUUCAACUCUAGUCUCUAUUUGUAACCUUCUAUAUUUGAAUAUAUCAAUGAA